UCAUGGCAACUGUACAGCAUGUGCCUAAAAAAACAAGUGCUUGACCCAUCAACGAGAAGCGGAGAUUCGUCAGUCAACAACUACGACGCCAUCUUAUUACUUUAAGGUAGAGAGAGACAGAGACAGAUAGACAAGGUUGUCAUCAUAGCUGGGAAUUAUGAGCGGAGCUAAAGCCCGCAUCGACCCGCCUGUUGCUGCUGAGAAUGUCUCGAGCGCCGGGCACAGUUCUGCGGCUCCUGCGCGGGAGCGCAAGCCAAGUGGAGGGGUUCUGAAGAGACUCAAGUCUCGGCGAAGCCAGGUUGAUAGUAGGCCCGUCACAGAAGACCAUCUGCGGACACAAGUUGGCCACAUCACCCCUGAAGAGGUCCUAGGAUUGCGGGUUGCUACACGGGGGUACCUGUGUAAACCAGAGGACAACAUCUUCAACAUAGAUUUCAUUCGCUUUAAAAUCAGAGACCUGGAGACAGAGACUGUGUUGUUUGAAAUUGCCAAACCACCUCAUACGGAGGAAGACGAGGAGAAUGGAGAGGGAGACAUGAGUGCAGGACGUUUCGUACGCUACCAGUUCACAGCAGCAUUCCUACAACUGAGGACAGUGGGAGCCACAGUGGAGUUUACAGUUGGCACCCGGCCUCUGAACAGCUUCAGGAUGAUUGAGAGGCACUACUUCAGGGAUCACCUCCUGAAGAGCUUUGACUUUGACUUCGGCUUCUGUAUCCCAAACAGCCACAAUACUUGCGAACACAUCUACGAGUUCCCUCAGCUGUCCGAGAGCUUGGUUUGUCAGAUGGUGGAACAUCCCUAUGAGACGAGGUCAGACAGCUUCUACUUUGUUGACAACAGACUGGUCAUGCACAACAAGGCAGACUACGCUUAUAACGGGGGCAGGCAUUGAGUGUGUGUGUGUGUGUGUGUGUGUGUGUGUGUGUGUGUGUGUGUGUGUGUGUGUGUGUGUGUGUGUGUGUGUGUGUGUGUGUGUGCGCGUGCUGUGCCCAAGCCUAUACUCACACCAGCAGACUCUCCCCCAAAUGUUGAUAACUGUAAGUUAAAAAGCCUUUAUUGUCAUGGUAUAGCUGUAUAGUAUGGAAAAGUUUAAAAACAGCAGGACAGAGCCGCAUAGAGCCACAUAGACUACCGGCAGUAGUAUGGCAAAACUCUGCCAAUAGUGAUUUCUCUGUACCACCAAAAGGAAGCAGGUUGAACCCCAAUGAUGUGUCUCAACUAGCCAAAUGGUUGAUUUUAGUGUGUAGUUGGACAGUUGAUGUACUGUGCACUCCUUGGCUUUUAAGGGAAAGCAUAUUCCCCACUUUUGUUGAACCAUGAGAAGCACUAGUUUCCCACCAAAUGCAGCUUUUUAGGAGUGAGUCAUACCUGUAAAAGACCCAACAAUGACCACACACACAGGCAGACAAACAAUCUUUCUCUCUUUCUCUCCCUAUUUCUAUUUCUCUCUAUUGUAACCUGCUGUGCUCAGGCCCACACUCCAGUCUGGAAAUAUAAUUAAGAUGGGAAUGGGGAAGACAUCCACGCACUCACACACUCACCGUCAAAUACACAUGUUGUGGGGGUGCUUUCCUGCAGAAGGGACUGGUGCACAUCACAAAAUAGAUGGCAUCAUGAGGGAGGAAAAUUAUGUGGAUAUA